GCGUGUGCGCGGGCGAGGAUGGGCACGGGAUAGAGGCAGAGCCACCCACACCGCCGCGGCCCUGAGCUGGGGGACAGAGCCUCUGGCCCCCCUUCAAUGGUCACGGGUCGCCAGAGCUCUGGUCGCGGGGAACCCUCGCCGCCACCGCCGCUGUCCUGCGACCCCGGGCAGACCUUGGAAAUUGCAUAAGAAGAGUUGGGGUCAUCCAUUUGAAGUGAAAAGUGCCAAAGAAGGUACCGAGUGUCCUAUACAUGGGAAGGGGAGCUACCACAGGACUUUAGUCUUUAGGGUCCCAGACACACUGGAGCCCUUAACUUGUGUAGACACGUGUGGCCAUCUGCACUGUAGGAUCCUGGUUCUACCGGCUUUGGACCCUCGGGGUUUACCAUGCCGCCGCCCGCGGACAUCGUCAAGGUGGCCAUAGAAUGGCCGGGUGCCUAUCCCAAACUCAUGGAAAUCGACCAGAAAAAACCACUGUCUGCAAUAAUAAAGGAAGUCUGUGAUGGGUGGUCCCUUGCCAACCAUGAGUACUUUGCACUGCAGCAUGCCGAUAGUUCAAACUUCUACAUCACCGAAAAGAAUCGCAAUGAAAUAAAAAAUGGCACUAUCCUUCGGUUAACCACAUCUCCAGCUCAAAACGCCCAACAGCUCCACGAACGAAUUCAGUCGUCGAGUAUGGACGCCAAGCUGGAGGCCUUGAAGGACUUAGCCAGCCUCUCCCGGGAUGUCACGUUUGCCCAGGAGUUCAUAAAUCUCGAUGGCAUCUCUCUCCUCACACAGAUGGUUGAAAGUGGCACGGAACGAUACCAGAAAUUGCAGAAGAUCAUGAAGCCUUGCUUUGGAGACAUGCUGUCCUUCACCCUGACGGCCUUUGUUGAGCUGAUGGACCAUGGAAUAGUGUCCUGGGAUACGUUUUCAGUGGCAUUUAUUAAGAAGAUAGCGAGUUUUGUCAACAAGUCAGGCAUGGACAUCUCAAUCCUGCAGCGGUCCUUGGCCAUUUUGGAGUCAAUGGUGCUCAACAGCCAUGAUCUCUACCAGAAGGUGGCUCAGGAGAUCACUAUCGGCCAACUUAUUCCACAUCUUCAAGGGACAGAUCAAGAAAUCCAAACCUAUACCAUUGCAGUGAUUAAUGCACUAUUCCUGAAGGCCCCCGAUGAGAGAAGGCAGGAGAUGGCGAAUAUUUUGGCUCAGAAGCAGCUGCGUUCCAUCAUUUUAACACAUGUCAUCCGAGCUCAGAGAGCCAUCAACAAUGAAAUGGCACACCAGCUGUACGUGCUUCAGGUGCUUACCUUUAACCUUCUGGAAGACAGGAUGAUGACCAAGAUGGACCCCCAGGACCAGGCUCAGAGGGACAUCAUAUUUGAACUUCGAAGAAUCGCUUUUGAUGCAGAGUCUGAACCUAAUAACAGCAGUGGCAGCAUGGAGAAACGCAAGUCCAUGUAUACCCGGGAUUAUAAAAAACUUGGCUUCAUUAAUCAUGUCAACCCCGCCAUGGACUUCACCCAGACGCCCCCUGGGAUGUUAGCCCUGGACAACAUGCUGUACUUCGCCAAGCACCACCAGGAUGCCUACAUCCGGAUUGUGCUUGAGAAUAGUAGCCGGGAAGACAAGCAUGAGUGUCCGUUUGGCCGCAGUAGUAUAGAGCUGACCAAGAUGCUGUGUGAGAUCCUGAAAGUGGGCGAGCUGCCCAGCGAGACCUGCAACGAUUUCCACCCAAUGUUCUUCACCCACGACAGAUCCUUCGAGGAGUUUUUCUGCAUCUGCAUCCAGCUCCUGAACAAGACGUGGAAGGAAAUGAGGGCAACUUCUGAAGACUUCAACAAGGUAAUGCAGGUGGUGAAGGAGCAGGUUAUGAGAGCUCUUACAACCAAGCCUAGCUCCCUGGACCAGUUCAAGUGCAAACUGCAGAACCUGAGUUACACUGAGAUCCUGAAAAUCCGCCAGUCUGAGAGGAUGAACCAGGAAGAUUUCCAGUCUCGCCCGAUUUUGGAGCUAAAGGAGAAGAUUCAACCAGAGAUCUUGGAGCUGAUCAAACAGCAACGCCUGAACCGCCUCGUGGAAGGGACCUGCUUCAGGAAACUCAACUGCCGGCGGAGGCAAGACAAAUUUUGGUACUGUCGACUUUCACCCAACCACAAGGUCCUACACUAUGGAGACUUGGAAGAGAGUCCUCAGGGAGAAGUGCCCCACGAUUCCUUGCAGGACAAACUGCCGGUGGCAGAUAUCAAAGCUGUGGUGACGGGGAAGGACUGCCCUCAUAUGAAAGAGAAAGGUGCCCUUAAACAAAACAAGGAGGUGCUCGAACUUGCUUUCUCCAUCUUGUAUGACUCAAACUGCCAACUGAACUUCAUAGCUCCUGACAAGCAUGAGGAGACUCUGCUCAUUUAGAAGUUAUUCAGUAUCUGCUUUUCACUGGUUUAAAGCUUUUGAAUAAAAUCGUACAUCCCAAAGAGAGAGGAAAGAUUAGAUGCAAAUCCUGCAUUUAGAAUGGUGCUUAAAUGUAAUUCUGUGUUACUUGACAUUUAGUUUGCAAAAGGGUAUGACUUUGUCUUCAUCUUUCUGAAAAUAGAUACUGAGGCCUACUGCUUCUCUUUUUAAAUAAAAUUGUGGUUAUAUACAGGCAGGCCACCGUAUUAAGAAGGAGAACUCUGGAUGUUAUUUAAAUCUAGGCAAGGCUGUUUUCUCCAGUGUGCAUUAAUUCCAGAUAAGGACAAAUGUUCUCCGACUGCCAAAUUUUUAUUUGUAACUGCCACCUUUUAUUGAUACGGGGAGGUAAAAAAUGCCAUACACUUGUGAACACUUCUCAUUUCUUCAGCUCUCUUUCAUAUGUAUUACCUCGUUUUAUUUGCAUAAUCACUCAAUAAGACAGGAAGUCCUAUUACAGAUAUCUUUAUUUAUCAUAUAUGGA